AUGGCCGCUGACAUACCGCGCACUUGCGCGACACGGCCUAUUCUAUUCUACCGCCAUGGACGCGAUGCAGCGCCCAUCAUCAAUCUCGGCGCGCUUCAGCGCAUACACAACCCACCUAAAAAGCCGUAUCAGAAUCAUCAGACGAUCCUGCUAAAAACCGCAGCUUUUUCCAUACUCUGCUGUCCAUAUUCCAAACCUUUUUCGAGUCGGUUAGGUAAUCUGGCAAUUGCAGUUCUAAAGAAAUCUGAACUGGACCGUGAGCUGACCGGGUGUGCUUGUUUGUUGGUUGGCGCGCGCAGGUGGGACCCGAGGAGCUCGGUGGUGACCCCGGACGAGGAGGUGUUCUACCUGGUGGCGUUCCUGCGGUCGGCGCUGCCGGGCGCGCCGGAGAGCCUGGAGGCGCUGGCGCGGCAGAACCAGCGGAUCCUCGACUUCUGCGCGGAGGCGAGCAUUGGCGCCAAGCAGUACCUGCCCAACCACAAGGCGCAGCACGAGUGGGCGGAACACUUCGGCGCCGCCAGGUGGGAGCGGUUCGCGAGGCUCAAGGCCGAGUUCGACCUGCGGGCCAUCCUGGCCACCGGGCAGGGCAUCUUCCGGCCGCCCGGCUCGCCGCCGCUCGUGGCCGACUCGUAG